AACCGGCGGACUCAACGCGCUUCUUCAAACGCUCGACGCUUUUUUCCUGCUUCUCCACAACUUCUUCUCUUCCUCUUCCUCUUCCUCACCUCCUCUUCCCUCUUCUUCUCUUCUCUCAUCCAUCCUCUUCUUCUUCCUCUGCACUCCGACCCAUCUCCGUCGCAAUGCUCUCCUUCGUCGGCAGGUCCUCCCGGGCCUUCAACGCGGCCCCCGCCAGAUCCUUCUCCGCCUCUGCCGUCUCCCGCAAGAUCAUCGCAAACACCCCGCUCCGCGCGACCGAGGCCUCCCCCCAUCUCACCGCAAACACCUCAAAAUACGCCGUCGUUGACCACGAGUACGACUGUAUCGUCGUCGGCGCUGGCGGUGCCGGUCUCCGCGCCGCCUUCGGUCUCGCCGAAGCCGGCUUCAACACCGCCUGCAUCUCCAAGCUCUUCCCCACCCGCUCCCACACCGUCGCCGCCCAGGGUGGCAUCAAUGCCGCCCUCGGAAACAUGCACGAGGACGACUGGCACUGGCACAUGUACGACACCGUCAAGGGCUCCGACUGGCUCGGCGACCAGGAUGCCAUCCACUACAUGACCCGCGAGGCUCCCAAGUCCAUCAUCGAGCUCGAGCACUACGGUGUCCCCUUCUCCCGUACCGAAGAAGGCAGAAUCUACCAGCGUGCCUUCGGUGGUCAGUCCAAGGACUACGGUCACGGUGGCCAGGCCUACCGCUGCUGCGCCGUCGCUGACCGAACCGGUCACUCCCUCCUCCACACCCUCUACGGCCAGUCCCUCCGCCACAACACAAACUUCUUCAUCGAGUUCUUCGCCCUCGAUCUCCUCAUGGAGGACGGUGUCUGCGUCGGUGUCAUGGCCUACAACCAGGAAGACGGUACCCUCCACCGCUUCCGUGCCCACAGAACCGUCCUCGCUACCGGCGGAUACGGUCGUGCCUACUUCUCUUGCACCUCCGCCCACACCUGCACCGGUGACGGUAACGCCAUGGUCACCCGUGCCGGUCUUCCCCUCCAGGAUCUCGAGUUCGUCCAGUUCCACCCUACCGGUAUCUACGGUUCGGGCUGUCUCAUCACCGAGGGUUCCCGUGGUGAGGGUGGUUACCUCCUCAACUCCGAGGGUGAGCGCUUCAUGGAGAGAUACGCUCCUACCGCCAAGGAUCUUGCCUCCCGUGAUGUCGUCUCGCGUUCCAUGACCAUGGAGAUCCGCGAGGGCCGUGGUGUCGGUGACCUCAACGACCACAUCUACCUCCAGCUCAGCCAUCUGCCCGCUGAGGUCCUUCACGAGCGUCUCCCCGGUAUCUCUGAGACCGCCGCCAUUUUCGCCGGUGUCGAUGUCACCAAGGAGCCCAUCCCCGUCUUGCCCACCGUCCACUACAACAUGGGUGGUAUCCCCACCAAGUACACCGGUGAGGUUCUUACCGUCGACGAGAACGGAAACGACAAGGUCGUCCCCGGUCUGCUCGCCUGCGGUGAGGCUGCCUGUGUCUCUGUCCACGGUGCCAACCGAUUGGGUGCCAACUCCCUCCUUGAUCUUGUUGUCUUUGGCCGUGCCGUCUCGCACACCAUCCGCGACACCCUCACCCCUGGUACCCCCCACAAGCCUGUCUCUGCUGAUAUCGGUGCUGCUACCAUCGCCAACCUCGACAAGGUCCGCAACGCCGAAGGCCCUCGCUCGACUGCUUCUAUCCGUCUUGCUAUGCAGCGUGUCAUGCAGACCGAUGUCUCUGUCUUCCGUAUGCAGGAGUCUCUCGAGGCUGGUGUCAAGGGUAUCACUGAGGUUGACCGUACCUUCCCCGAGGUUGGAAUCAAGGACCGCUCUAUGAUCUGGAACUCUGACUUGGUCGAGACCCUCGAACUCCAGAACCUGUUGACCUGCGCUAUGCAGACCGCCUACUCUGCCGUUGCCCGUAAGGAGUCGCGUGGUGCCCACGCCAGAGAGGACUACCCCGAGCGUGAUGACGAGAACUGGAUGAAGCACACUCUGUCGUGGCAGCACAAGCCUGGUGAUGAGGUUGAGCUCAAGUACCGUGCCGUCAACUACUUCACCCUGGACGAGAACGAGUGCAAGGUCGUUCCCCCCGGAAAGCGUGUUUACUAAACACUGCUCUAUAAUAUUUUGAGUAACUGGAAAAGGUAGAACGUUUUCUUUUUUUGUUUUGCAUGUGAGUCAGGUAUUUUAUUUUUAUUUUUCCGUUUGUUUUCUUCUUUUUUUAGUUUUUUGAUUUGUGUUCGGGGUGUGUUUUAGUGAAGAUAUAUAAUGUCAGUUACAUGUAUAAUCAAAUUUUCUCUUUAAUUAUAAAAUGAAUAUAUGCAAGAUUCUAAAAUUAC